AUGCAGGAUAUCGACACCCGCCUACCGUAUCGUAUUGGAUGGCCGAGCCCUCUCCCGAUUCUGCCCCUGAAAACGACUUUGAUUGAAGGUGACUACAGAAAUUCACCAGAGGAUGACCCGGAGCUCGGUGGAGGGGUUGUUUACCUGGAAGAUGAAGAUCUCACUUAUAUAAAGUGCCUAGCCUCUAUGUGGAGAAUCCUUGAUCGACAUGCAGUACAAGCUAAGAGUCUUGAAUUAGCGUUUCGCCACAGUUUGGACUCAGAGCCCGGAGAAGAUAGCGAUCGCACGUUGGUAAUCAACUGCAAAGGACGAACCGGAUCAUGGCUACACUGUCUAACAGAUAUCCGAAGUUGUUGGGGCGGAAAAGGCAUUUUCAAAAGGAUCGAGUUCCUAGACGUGGAUCAGUUGAAAGCGCCCUUGCAUUGCAUCACCGAAGAUGAUCCUGUACUACAACUGUGGGAACGCGACUACCAGUCCAAGGUAUUUGCAAUAGUGAAGGAAAGAAAUUGGCAGAGUAUCGACGUAUUCCGCUGUGGCACGGCCUCGAACAUUGCGGAGUGUCCUGCCACCGUGUUGAUUGAUGCGUAUGAUGCGUCUGAUGCUACAUGGUGGAACGAUAUCAUCCCAAAUAUCCAAAGCCAAUGCCACGGUUGGCAGGUUCGAUUGACCCAAGCGUAUGACCUAUUCCGAUCUUCCGACAAUGCAAAGGAGCCGUCGGUAUUGCGCGGUCCCUUAGGUGGCCCUUAUGGACUUGAAAAUGGGAGUAGCAUUGGUCCCAUAAACACAGCCGCGUUCGGGACUCUUGGGGGGUUUAUUAGAUUGAAACUUCCUGGGUGUGAUGUUAUACAGUUUGCUUUAACGAAUCACCACGUUGUUCGGGAUCCAACUCUUUCAGAAGAGAGAAAGGUACUAGUAUCAUCUCCAUCAAUCGUUGAUGUGGAUGAAUCAUUGUCGGCGAUUGCAGAAAGAAUACAGGGAGAGCUGGAAGAUGUCCAGAAUUCAAAUCAUCCGUCUCGCGAAGCAGAAAUUCGGGAAGUCAAGCGGUAUAUUGAAGAGAGCAAGCUACUGGCUCAUCAUAUCAAAUCCCAGGCUCAACAGCACGGACACGUUUUCUCAUCCUCGGGAGUCCGGACUCGUGAUGAGGCUGGGUGCAGCUGGAUAAUGGACUGGGCGCUCGUUCAAUUCCCUUCCACUCUCGAAACAAGCGAGAAACUCAGAGAUGCGCCAAUGACGAAGCCGGCUUGGAAAGGAAGAGAGGCUAGCACGUGGUCACCAUCCAUUCGGGCCGGGAUGCGCGUUCACUUGAAGGGAAGGUCGAGCGGGUGGGCUCGUGGCCGAGUCAAUGGUAUCAAAACAACCAUCAAGCACCGAUUUGAGCAAGACGACAAGCUUGUUUCCGCUUGGGCAUUCGAGCCUGGAGCUAAACGAGGAGACUCAGGAUCUUUUGUGUUUGUUUCAGUCAAUGGGCAGGUUGCCGGUGUCUAUUUUGGCGGCAGCAAGGGGAAGAGAAUGGGGUUCUUCAUUCCUAUGGACCUCAUCAUCCAAGACAUAGAGGAGGUCACGAAAGGGAAGGUUGUGUGGCCCCAGAAGUCAACCAUGGAGUAG